UCAGAAUGAAAUUCUUUCAUAGCAGUGUUAGUUAUAACUUUUUAUCCUUUUUUUAUUUCUAAUUCUGCUGUCACAUUCGAUAACCGUAACCAUAACCAUAACUAUAACCAUGUCGAGCUCCAGCAGCCAUAAUCUAAAUGCUACUCCACUCAUCGUUGACAUCGCCAACACCUUUACCAGACUCACUUCUCCCCCAUUAACCUCACCAAAACAACGCUGGCGUUUCGCUUAUACCAAAAUCUAUUCUGGAAGAGUCUUUGUGUCCCUUGCGAAAGAGAUCGUCUCCAAAAGAAAUCACAAUCAAUUCCUUCUUCGUGAUGAUAUAAUAGAGCCUCUAGUUCACUGCAACAAUUCCUUCCUGGCUGUUCCUCAUGAUGCUGAUAAAUCCAAGCUUGUUAACAUGGUUAAGGACAAAAGCUUGGACUCUCUUGCUUCCUUUGGAGGCGUGGAGGCUGUAGCUUAUGUCAUUGGAACUGUUCCAUCGAAGGGAAUUGACGACAAAGAAGAAGAAAUUGCCAAGCGUCGCGAUAUCUUUGGCUCCAACACUUACCCUCGUCCGCCGCCAAAAGGACUCCUCCACUUUGUUCUUGAAGCCUUCAAUGACACCACAAUAAUCAUCCUUCUUGUUUGCGCCGGCCUUUCACUCGGCUUUGGAAUCAAACAGCACGGUGCAGGGGAAGGUUGGUAUGAAGGUGGAAGCAUAUUCGUGGCGGUGUUGUUGGUGGUUGUUGUAAGCUCAGUCAGCAACUUGAGGCAGGAGAGGCAGUUUCACAAGCUGUCCAAGAUUAGCAGUGACAUCAAGGUUGAUGUUGUGAGGAAUGGAAGGCCGCAACAGAUUUCGAUUUUCGACGUUCUUGUGGGAGAUAUCGUUUCACUCAAGAUUGGGGAUCAAGUUCCCGCUGAUGGAUUGUUCAUAUCUGGUCAUGCUCUUCAUGUUGAUGAAUCAAGCAUGACAGGGGAGAGUGAUCAUGUCGAAAUUGAGCCGUUAAAUAGUCCUUUCUUGUUGUCCGGCGCCAAAGUGGUCGACGGUUAUGCAACAAUGAUGGUGACGUCCGUCGGAACUAACACGGCGUGGGGACAGUUGAUGAGCACGGUAUCAAGAGGUGACACGGAGGAGAGGACGCCGUUGCAGGCGCGUCUCGAUAGCUUGACUACAUCGAUAGGAAAAGUAGGCCUCUCGGUUGCACUCCUUGUGUUUGUGGUAAUGCUUAUUCGUUAUUUUACUGGAAACACCAGCAGUGAAGACGGUUAUACAGAGUUCAAGAAAGGUAGUACUGAUUUGAGUGAUGUGUUCAAUGCUGUUGUGAAGAUAAUUGCGGUUGCAGUCACCAUUGUGGUCGUGGCGAUCCCUGAAGGAUUGCCAUUGGCUGUCACUCUCACCUUGGCUUAUUCCAUGAAGAGAAUGAUGGCAGAUCAGGCUAUGGUGAGGAAACUCUCUGCUUGCGAAACUAUGGGGUCGGCAACGGUUAUAUGCACUGAUAAAACUGGGACUCUGACUCUCAAUGAGAUGAGAGUGAACAAGUUCUGGUUAGGCCUUGAAAACAUCAUUGAGAAUUAUUCCAAUGCAAUGGCCAAGAGAGUUGUGGAAUUGUUCCACCAGGGAAUAGGCCUCAAUACAACUGGCAGUGUAUAUAAGCCUUUGCCGGAAUCCGGGCCUGAAAUCUCUGGUAGCCCUACAGAGAAAGCUAUUCUCUUGUGGGCUGUGUCAGAUUUAAGCAUGGACAUGGAUGGACUAAAGCAGAAACAUGAGAUCAUCCAUGUUGAAACGUUUAACUCGGAGAAGAAACGAAGCGGGGUAGCAGUAAGGAAGAAGAGUGACAAUACAGUACAUGUACAUUGGAAAGGUGCUGCUGAGAUGAUACUUGCAAUGUGUUCUAACUACAUUGAUUGUAAUGGCACAGAGAAGUCCCUUGGUGAAAAAGAACGGGAUGAAAUUGAGAAAAUAAUUCAGGGAAUGGCAGCUAGUAGCCUAAGAUGCAUUGCUUUUGCUCACAUUGAAAUCGACUACAGCGAUGAUAAGGUACUAAGAGAAGAUGGCUUGACCUUGCUAGGAAUCGUCGGCCUUAAGGAUCCAUGCCGGCCGGAAGUCAAGAAGGCUGUGGAAACUUGCAAGUAUGCAGGUGUUGAUAUCAAGAUGAUCACCGGAGAUAACUUAUUCACGGCAAAGGCAAUAGCAACAGAAUGUGGAAUACUAGACCUUAGUGAUGAUGUAGCCAAGGGACAAGUGGUGGAAGGUGAGGAAUUUCGGAACUACACGGAGGAAGAGAGAAUGGAGAAAGUAGAUGAUAUUCGAGUGAUGGCGAGAUCUUCUCCUUUGGACAAACAUUUGAUGGUGCAAUGCUUAAGAAAGAAAGGCCAUGUAGUUGCAGUCACAGGAGAUGGCACCAACGAUGCGCCUGCGCUAAAAGAAGCUGAUAUUGGACUUUCUAUGGGAAUCCAAGGCACUGAAGUUGCCAAGGAAAGUUCUGACAUUGUUAUCUUGGAUGACAACUUCAAUUCUGUUGCAACGGUUUUAAGGUGGGGAAGAUGUGUAUAUAACAAUAUACAGAAAUUUAUCCAAUUUCAACUAACAGUGAAUGUUGCAGCACUUGUGAUAAAUUUUAUAGCUGCAGUUUCUGCUGGUGAUGUUCCCUUAACAACAGUUCAACUUCUAUGGGUUAAUCUCAUUAUGGAUACUCUAGGUGCUCUGGCCCUGGCCACGGAACGGCCUACAAAGGAGUUAAUGGAGAAACGGCCGGUGGGGCGUACCGAGCCGCUUAUCACUAACAUUAUGUGGAGAAACCUUUUACCUCAAGCUUUGUAUCAGAUUGCAGUCUUAUUGGUUUUCCAAUUCAAAGGGAAGGCAAUAUUCAAUGUAGAUGAGAAGGUAAAGAACACACUAAUUUUUAAUACUUUUGUUCUGUGCCAAGUUUUCAACGAGUUCAACUCUAGGAGUAUGGAGAAACAAAAUGUGUUCAGAGGCAUUCACAAAAACCACUUGUUCCUUGGAAUUGUUGGGAUUACAAUUGUUCUUCAAAUUGCAAUGGUGGAAUUCCUGAGGAAGUUUGCUGAUACAGAGAGACUAACAUGGAUUCAAUGGGGAUAUUGUGUUUUAUUUGCAGCUUUUUCAUGGCCACUGGCUUGGUUUGUAAAGUUCAUUCCUGUUUCAGAUAAGCCAUUUUUCAGUUUCAAGAUUAAGCGGUCUUUUUAGUCUUCAGAAUGAGGAAUCUUAAAUUCCAAAGCAUCUUGGAAACUAACUAUAUAUCCAUAAUCCAUGUUGAGGUAUACUACAUAUUGAAAUUCAAUAUCCUUUAUGUUUAAAUCAUAAGAGGAUCUUGAAUUUCUAUAUGUCUUAUACUCCUUCUAUCCAUAAAUAAUUCUCUCUUUUUGUGGAUAGAAAGUACCUCAAUAUUAUAUAGUUAGUCUUCCAAAAUACCUGGAAUUUUAGGAUUUCUCAUAGCACACACACCACCCACUUUAUGGCAAGUUGGAAAUAAGUUAAAUUUAGGGGGUGGGAACUAGGAUUGAAAUGACAAAUCUAACGCUAAUAAUGACUUCAUGUACCAGUUAGUUUUUUAAAAUUUAUACAAUGAUGAUGUUUGUAUUAUUCUUCAAAAACUCAUAUCUUGAUUAAAA